CCUUCCUGUUCGCUACCACCACUCCCGAACCUAUCACCUCCCUUCCUAGAUGGCCGCUAGACUGCCUUUGACGGCAGCCAGGAGCGCUGCAAUGCGGUCACCCGCCGCUGGCAUUGGUGCCCGCAGUGCUUUGAGGCCGCAAAUGCCACUUGUUCGCUCUCAAACGCAGAGGGGGUAUGCUACAUUCGAGGGCGAACCUCACCCCGACUGGAAGCCAAAGAAGCGAUCCUUCCUUCCUCGCUUCCUCCUCUGGACCACCACCGGCCUGACCCUCUUCUAUGGCGUGUCGACCGUCGUCGCUCUCAACAACCAGGCGUAUCAGGACUGGUUCUCCGAGAACAUGCCCUUCGCUGAGGACCUCCUUGACUACCUCGACACGCACGACGUAGUCUCCGAAGCCAAGCAUCUCGACUAUGGCGGAAUCGGAUCUCAAGCGAUCGACGCAGUAGGCGGCGUCUACAAUCGUGUCUCUGACGCGGCAGGUCGUGUCAUCUCUGGUGCCGAGGAGGAGGCACAUGGAGCGGGUGAUCGAGCCAAGAAGGCCCAGCAGGAAGCAAGGAACAAGCUCAUCGAGGCAAAGGAGGCUGCUCGUAAGCAGGUUGCUCGUGUAUCCACCAAGACGGAGGAGAAGCUGGAGGAGGCAAAGGAAGAGGGCAAGGACGCCGUCAAGGACCUGCGAGCCGGGGCCGACAAGCUCAUUCAGCGUGGAAAGGACCAGGCCGAUAAGGCCGAGAAGGAGGUCAAGAAGGUCACCAAGGAUGUGAAGAAGGAAGUACCUGCCGCUCCUGCCGCGGACACAGCAUCGCGCCCAUCUUCUUCCCAACCUAUGCCUGCCACCACAGACGCGCAACGCCCCCUCAAGGCCCAAGCCGACCCUGCGACCCGCCUCCGCCCGGACGCAAAGGCCGUCAAGCUGCCCCAGCUCGCCCCCGCGCUCUCCUCCCUCACCGGCUCCGAGCCCAUGAUCGGUCAGCUCGCCAGCACAAUUGACGACCUCGCUGCCUUUGUUCGUGACGCUCCUUCGCCCUCUGCCGGGAGCGACUCUCGCGCCGCUCACGUCCUCGACGAGGCCAAGGCCGAGCUUCAACGCCUUUCUGCCCGCCUGGACGAGAUCCGCAAGACGGAACAGUCCCGCGCCGAGAAGAGCCUGAGCGUCCAGGCGAAGAAGUACGAGGAGGAGCUGAAGCGCAAGGCGAGCGAGCAGGCCAAGAAGUUUGAGAAGCUGGACGAGGAAGGGAAGAAGCAGAUGGCUGAUGAGAGGGAGAGGGCUAGCAAGGACUACGAGGCUAAGCUGAGGACAGAAUUGGAGACGCAGAGGGAGAUUAUCAACGAGAGGCUCAAGGAGGAGGUGGUUGCUCAGGGAGUGGAGAUGCAGCGCAGGUGGAUGAAGGAGAUUAAGCGCCGCGUUGAGGAGGAGCGUGGUGGGCGAUUGGCCAGGUUGGACGAUCUGGCUGGGCAGCUGGGAGAGAUCGAGAAGGUGACCGUGAACAACUCGGCAGCUCUUGAGGAAGGAAGCGGCGCCCACCGUACAGCCGCCGCCGUGCGAGCGCUGGUUAAGGCAGCCCUUGCCGACGUAGACGCGGACGCCGAUCCAAACGCUGCAGACCUACGCCGCUCGUACCGCAAGGAGCUGGACCUGCUUCGCUCGACUCCCCUCGCCCAGCAGUCAGACCUGGUCCGCGCAGCAAUCGAGGUGCUCGAGCCCAACGGCAACACCGGCGUCGAGUCGCUGGCCUCCCUCACCUCCUGGUACGUCCAACGCGUCAAGCCGCGUCUGCAACAGGUCGCUCUGCUCCCCGACCAGGCUGGUCUUCUCUCGCACAUGGCUUCUGCCCUCCUCUCCCCUUUGCUCUUUACCAAGUCCGGCAACCCGCAGGGCGAUGACGCUCCUUCUGUCCUCGCGCGCGCGGAGUAUGCGCUGCUGCAACGAAGGGACCUGGACACCGCUGCGAGGGAGAUCAACAACUUGAAGGGGUGGGCGAAGGUGCUUGCGCAGGACUGGUUGGAGGAGAGCAGGAGGAGGUUGGAAGUCGAGCAGGGAGUCAAGAUCGUGCAGGCUGAGGCUGCUUGGCAGAGUUUGAGGAAUGCGUGAGAGAGGGUGGGAAUGGAACGAAGGCAGUACAGAGUAGUAGAUUGGAAUACACACUACAUGACAUCACAUCGUGGACCA